AUGGGAAAUAUUCUUGAUAAAUCAAAGGAUUCCCACGAACCAAGUAACCAAGAUGCUUUUAUAUUUUGGAGAUCAUUAAAAAAGAUUUAUGACGACCCAGAACAUUUAUAUACUAGAUUUACUGCAUUCUCGGAGGAUAUAGCAAAAGAGGACGACAGCGAAAAUGAUUCACGUGGAUCAACAUCAAGCACCAGCGGAUCAGCAACCACCAAUGGUACCAAUAAUAAUAAUAACAAUAAUAAUAAUAACAAUAAUAAUAAUAACUCAACAUCCUUUUCAAAAAUAUCAUUUGUAUUUUCAGAAACACCACAAGCAGAAGCAAUCAAUAGAAACCUUUUACAAACUAUUAACUGCAAACUUCAAUUAAUCCCACCAGAAUUAAAUCACUUUACAUUAAAUUUAGAUAAUCAUUAUAUCAGCGAGCGUUUAUUUUUAUCGAUUUGUGCAACCAUUAUUGACAAUAACAAAAACUAUCACAAUCGUCACAUGGCCACCACACUUAAAGAUACACCAAUCAACACCAUUAAAAAGAAGAAAAUUCAAGCAGAGUUAGAGGACUAUAUCUCAAAAUAUUAUUUUACACUCACCAAAUUAUCAUUGAAAAAAACAUUACUUUCAAACAGAUCUUUGGAAGGAUUAGCACAGGCAAUUAGAGGCAAUAGAUCAAUUGUAGAGCUAGAUUUGGGGUCCAACGACCUCAAUGGCAAAGGUAUUGCAUUAUUAAUAUCAGGUUUACGUGAGAACAAAAGUAUUACACGUUUAAAUUUAGCAGAUGUCCAUGCAUAUGAUGAAGGCGCAUUUAUGAUUGGUGCAUUUUUAAUGUGUAGCAAGCAUGUUAAAACCAUCGAUCUCUCUAGCAAUUUUAUCACCGAUAAAGGCUUCGAAGCCCUUAAACAAGCAGUAAAUAGAAAUUCAUCAAUUACAUCUUUAUAUUUAGCAGAUAACAAUAUCGAACCACAAAAAAUUCAUCAAUUUAACCAUAUCCUAAAAAGAAAUGCAGCUAUUCAAUCGGUUUUCGAUGUAAUAUUUGACUCAAUCCCUUGGAACAGAAAAUUUAAGAGUAAGGUUGCAAGUUUUAAAAAAGGAGUUAUGAAGGCAAGAUCAAAUAGUACUUUAAAUAUCAGCGUGGAAGAUGAUAAGAUUCCGUUAUUCAGA